ACUCCCCCUCGCGCCAAAAACACUCUUCUUCUUCUCCAUUUCACGCCUCUCUGUGUGUGUCUCUCUCUCUGCAACGCAAUGAUUCACGACAUGGACGAUGCCGGCGAAAUGUCGAUCGAGCGAGCCGAGAAGAUCGAGCGGAUCCGUACGUGCUUCGGCCACGAGAUGUCCACGCGCGACGUCUCCUCCGCUCUGUCCCAAUCCCUGGACGACGUCGACGCCGCCAUCGACCUCAUCCUCCGUACCUGGAAGGUUCCGUUCAAAGUCAAGCGGGCUCUCGCCGGCGCCGGCGCUAGGAUCUCGGCUGGAGUGAAACCGGAGCCGCGCGAAGAGCUGGAGGACCCGAAGGAAACGGCGUGUGAGCCGAGUAAGAGUGAAGUUGUCUCUGCGGAAUCUGAAGUAGAGGCGGCAUCAUUCGAGAAGAAUAUAGUGAAAACAGAGCCUGAUGUUGUCGGCAAUGACAGGAUGCUAUCCAAAGAAAAAGCAUGUGGUGGAGCACCGGAAAAACCCCAGCUGGUUCGGCUGUCGGAAGUGCGGGGAGCCGUUGAUUUCUCGAUGAUGUCAUUCGAUGAGCCCCUCGUGGCCACUGAUGAGGAGUACCUGAGGAGCCAGAGCAUAAAGACGGAGAGAAUGGGUCAGGUAAAGGGUGAAACUGACUCUGUUCGUGUGGAGAAGGCAACUGGGAGAGAAGAAAAGGGUUUGGUUAGUGGAGAGAAAAUGGUACCUGAUGCCAAAGAGGUAGGGAUGGGGUCUGAUGAGGGAUGUAUCAGGAAUCAGGAUAUGCAGGGGACUGCUAUAGGAUCAGGAGUUGAUAGAUCAUCUCAGAGGACCAUAGUCAAGGCGGAGCCAGAUUUUGUCACCGUUGCAGAAAGUAGGGUGCCAAGAGCAGAGGAAAAGGAGAUACUACGCGGCGAUUUGCAAGUCCAGCCCUGGGAUGGUAAGAAAGAUGUUAAUCCCAAAAAGAGGAAAGACAUGGAUGUAGACGACGCAAUAGAUGCAACUCCAAUUAAUUGGGCUAAACCGAAGCUUAAGCUGGAGAACCACAUGCCGGGGUUGGACCAACUGGGGCUGAAACCCUCCAGUCUGAAAAGCAGAGUCGUUGAAGAUAGGAGUGUUAGUUGUGUGGUUGUGGAAGAUGCUGAUUUUGCAUUAGAGCCAUGCUGGCAUUUGGUGGGAAGGAGCGUGAUCAAUGGGGUUUCGACCACCAAAGGAAGGAAAUUAAUUGACAAUGAGAUCAUCCAUUUCAAUUUUCCUACCGUGAACUCAAGGAAUUAUUCACAAUGGAUAGUUCGUUUCUCUACUAAAAGACAUGGGGAGAUUGGUCGGCUUGAAAUGGCGUGGGCAAAAUGCAUUCUUCCCCUUGUGAAAUCUUCAAAGGUGAAGGUUUGUGGUCGCUGCAUAGCUGCCCCAGCAAACAUGUACAUAGGGCAGGAAAUAAUGUUGUAUGUAAGCUUUUAUAUGCACAAUUCUGUUUUCACCAAUGAUCGCAAGUCGUCGUGGAGGCUAGAUGAUCCAUCCAACAUUGACUCCACUGAAUAUCCUCUAUUGACCCUAUUCAAGUUGUUGAAAAUCAAACCUUUUCGAGAGGCUGCGUACAACCCAGAAGAACUCAAUACUGGGAAAUGUUUGGUAAAUCUCAACCUGUGUAAAGGAAAUACAAAUCCAACCGUGCCAGCAUUGCCUCUGGCCAUGACAAGAAAGGCUGGCCAGAAGUGUCUGGAAGAAAAUAAGGAUGAGCAAGCCAUCUCUGAGGCAGCCUUAACCAAGAUUAUCGGUUCUGCAGGUGUAUAUGACUUGGAGGAGUUGGAGCCCCCAGACACCCUUAUGUGUACCCUUAAGCCAUACCAGAAGGAAGCGCUUUACUGGAUGUCACGGCAAGAGAACCAAACGUAUGUUGAUGCAGGGAAUGCCACAAAAACUCUUAAUCCUUGCUGGGCAGAAUACCGUCUAUACGAUGAGGCGGCCUCUUCUAUAUAUGUAAAUGUAUGCUCCGGUGAAGCAACCACACAAUUUCCAGAUGCUCAGGAAAUGACUAGAGGAGGGAUAUUAGCAGAUGCAAUGGGGCUUGGGAAGACAGUGAUGACAAUUGCUUUAAUACAUGCAAGACCAAGCAGGCGACAUCCAGAUGCUAACAAAUUUUUCAUGGAGGGUGCUGAUGACAUUGAUAACACAAAGAAAAGGAAGAGAGAUUCAAGUAUAAGAAACACACAAAAAGUAAAAGGUGGCACUCUUAUUAUAUGUCCAAUGGCCCUACUGGGCCAGUGGAAGGAUGAGCUCGAAACUCAUUCGAAGCCGGAAAGCAUGUCAAUUUUUGUUCACUAUGGUGGGGAUAAGACAAAUGAUCCCAGAGUUUUCUCAGGAUAUGAUGUAGUCCUGACUACAUAUGGUGUCUUGACAGCUGCUUAUAAGCAUGAUCAAGAUGACAGCAUUUUCCACCGAGUUGAAUGGUAUAGGGUAGUUUUGGAUGAAGCUCAUACAAUUAAAUCUUGGAUGACCCAAGGUGCUCAGGCUGCCUUUGCUUUGCUCUCACAUUUUCGGUGGUGUCUCACUGGAACCCCCAUUCAGAAUAACUUACAAGAUCUCUACAGUCUUAUCCAUUUCUUGCGUGUUGAGCCAUGGUGCAACUGGGCAUGGUGGAAGAAACGUAUACAAAGUCCUUAUGAAAGUGGAGAUGGAAGAGGGAUAAAGCUGGUUAGAAUAAUAUUGAACUCUCUGAUGUUGAGGCGAACUAAAGAAAGCAAAGAUAAAGAAGGAAGGCCGAUACUUACUCUCCCUCCGACUGAUAUACAAACUAUUGAAUGUGAACAAUCAGAAGCAGAACAGGACUUCUAUGAUGCGCUCUUCAGGAGAUCUAAAGUACGGUUUGAUCAAUUUGUAGCACAGGGCAAGGUUCUUCACAAUUAUGCAUCUAUCCUUGAACUUCUACUUCGAUUGAGGCAGUGCUGCAACCAUCCAUUCCUUGUCAUGAGCCGAAGUGAUUCCCAGCAGUAUGCAGAUUUGAACAAGCUUGCAAGAAAGUUCCUUGAUAUGAAUCCCCAUACGGCCUCCUGUAAUCAGAUAGUUCCAUCUAGAGCCUAUGUAGAAGAGGUAGUUGACGGCAUCCGACGGGGCGAAAAUACAGAGUGCCCAAUUUGCCUCGAGUCAGCAGAUGAUCCUGUGCUCACACCUUGUGCUCAUAGGAUGUGCAGGGAAUGCCUUUUGUCAAGCUGGCUUACACAUAGCUCUGGCCUGUGCCCAAUCUGUCGCCAAAUGCUGAGGAAAACCGAUCUUAUUACGUGCCCGACAGAAAGCCAGUUCAGAGUUGAUGUUGAAAAGAACUGGAAGGAAUCUUCCAAGGUGUCGAAGCUUUUAGAUUGCCUGGAAAAAAUUAGGCAGACAGGCUCUGGCGAGAAGAGCAUUGUGUUCAGCCAAUGGACUUCAUUUAUGGAUCUCCUGGAGAUACCACUAAAGAGAAGAAAAUUUGGGCACCUGAGAUUCGACGGGAAACUUUCGCAGAAGCAAAGGGAGAGGAUCUUGAAGGAAUUCAACGAGACAAAUGACAAAAUGAUACUUCUGAUGUCUCUUAGAGCUGGUGGGGUAGGUUUGAACUUAACUGCUGCUUCUCAUGUCUUUCUCAUGGAUCCAUGGUGGAAUCCUGCCGUAGAAGAGCAAGCAAUCAUGAGAAUUCACCGCAUUGGACAAAAACGCAUUGUUUCAGUUAGAAGAUUCAUUGUCAAGGACACGGUGGAGGAGCGAAUGCAGCAAGUUCAAGCGAGGAAACAGCGACUGAUCGCCGGUGCCCUCACCGACGAGGAGGUCCGGUCUGCUAGACUGGAGGAGCUGAAGAUGCUCUUCAGAUAGGUAAAAGAAAAAAAAAGAGUGUGUGAAGAAAAUUCCAAGUCCUCUUUACUUUUUUAAUUAAUCUUCCUGUAGUUUAUUAUAACGAGGAAAUUCAUGCUGACACCUGUGGUCUGAAGAUUGGAUUUCAGCUUUUGACUAUUUAAGAUGGCAUCAUUAACUUAUGGCAUAGGAUGAAAGGGUUGUUUUUUUCGUAGAUUUUGGACGGAUCUUAUUCCAUUGGUCAAAAGCUGAAUCUCUGAAUUGAGAAAUAGAAUACUUUCCCCUUGUUCCUCCGC